AUGUUCGUGACGGUCCAUCAUUUUGCGAGGGCGCGACUGCCCACUGUGAGCCUGCAGCCUUUGGUAGGCAGGCCACGGGAGACGGAGACCCUCGGGCUGGCAAACGCUCUCGCCCUGGCUGGAGCCUGCGGGGGUGGCGAGGCGAGGCGAGGCGUGUCCUGCAAGCAGCAUCCCGCCAGCUACGGGCCAGGGAAGGCGCGCUACUCGUGCUUCGCAACGCGGCCCCAGGCGUGCAGGUGCUCGCAGCGGGAAGGCGCGCCUGGGAUCCGCCGGCGAGUGGGCAGCGCGGGCGGCGUGCCCCGCAACGCGAGUGGCAGGGGCGUUCCGGGCACGGCGGAGAGGGCACCCCGCGAGGUCCAGCGGCUGCCGGGGAAGCCAGACGAUGCGGCCGCUCGAGGGACGCCCGCUCUUGCUGAGCGGAGUUCCGCGUGCCGUCGCAGAGGCUGCCGUAGAGUCUGCUGGAUGCAGCAGCCAACUGAGGAGAGCAAGGAGGCUGGACCGUGCAAGGAAGCAGGACCCAGCCAAGCUGCCCUUUGCACUGCAGGGACACGAGGAAGCUGGCCCAGUAAGAGAAGGAGGAUGGAGCACCAGGUGCUGCUGCUGCUACUUUUCCUUCCCCACACCUCUGCCUGUGACGAUCUCGCCUGCUUUGCGGACUACAUCCAGACUCUGAUGUGCAUGUGGAGCAGCAGAGAUACCAAGGUACACUACAACCUCACUGCGAGCUGGAAUUGUGUGUUUGACGGCACCUGCUACUUCCUCCCCACUUCUGGGAAUGCCACUCAGACACUGUAUACUUGCUUCUCGGAGCAGAAGCUGCGCUUUGGCAGCGACAACUUUGUUGUGGAGGUAACAAAGUUUGCAGAUGAGCCCCUCAGCACUUCCAAAGCAUGCCAGAGGACCUUUACACUCCAAGAAAGCAUCAAGCCACAUCCACCUUUCAAUCUGACCACGUCUGCAUCCCCUGCUGGCUACAACAUCUCCUGGAAGACCCACUACCAGCAUUUUCCGUACAACUACCUGAAUGGCCAGCUGCAGUACCAGCUGCGCUACAGGGACCGGGGCCGUCCGAGGCAGGAAUGGAGCCAGAAGCACAUUCUGCAGGACACACGGACCCUGCGCCUGCUGCGCCAGGAGCUGGCAGGGAGCACGGAGUAUGAGUUCCAGGUGCGAGCCAAGCCAGGACAGAGCUCCCCCUACUCGGGGGCCUGGAGUGAAUGGAGCCCGCCAGCCACCAUGGAGACCUUGCCGAGAGCCCCAGAGAGUGGAGGAACCGGGUGGCUGCUGUUGCUGCUGCUGCCACUCAGCCUGGCCGCAGCCCUCCUCUCCUUCCUGAGCUGGCCCCGGAGGCUGUGGAAGAAGCUGGUCCUCAUCCCUAGCCCGGCACCCUUCUUCCAGCCGCUCUAUCUGGGCCACAAUGGAGACUUCAAGAGAUGGGCCGGCACUUCCCACUCCGGAGUGCUGCUGGACGUCUUUGAGCAGAGUGCUGCCUUGCCAGAGGUGUUUGGGGUGGGCCAGAAACACUUUCCACCAAGCCCUGCCAAAGGGGACUGGAGGAACAGCUUGGCCUGCCCCCCUGGCACCCCUGCCCCGCACCUUCAGGCCACUGUGGAGGACUCGUCGGAGCAGGCCUAUGGACACCUCUCCAUUGACACGGUCACCGUGGCUGGGGAGUUUGUGGCCUGCUGCCCACAUUGUGACCGGGGAAGCCCAUGCCGGGUUCCGGAGCAGCUGCAGCAGGAGGAGGCGGAGGCAGCAGGCAACUCCCUGGAAGGAGGGUCUGUGUGCGGCAGAGGGUUCUUUGACUUGCCUCCCGAGCCCGGCUGGGCCUUGGGAAGCCCAGGCAGCCUCUCGUCCACCGAGGAGGAGGCGCGUUUCUACAGCAGGCUGCUCUCCUCUCACCUCGAUGCUAAUGGCGAGCCCCCAAACGGCCUGGACCUCGACACCAUUGACAGCGGAUUUGCCGACUGUGACUGCGAGAGCUCUGUGGACUGUGAGUCGGAAAGGAGGCCCUCAGGUUGUGGCGCCGGCCCAGCCCCCGGAGAAGGAAAGGACGAACAGGAGGCCUUCCUGCCAAGCUACGUCAAGCAAUGGGUCUCUUGCCACAACAGGACUCAGUCAACGUAG